AUGCUGUGAGAAAGAAGUGUUUACUCUCGUAGUGAGGUGUUGACAACAUUGUUUUGGUGUUGGUCCUCGUGUGCUGUGGUCUGUGGCUCCUGUUGACGCUCCUCGUGGCUCCUGUAGCACACAGCCAAUACCUGUUGCUUCUCUGGUACCUGAGAACAUAAAAAAUGGCCAAAGCACCUCUUGCAAAGAAAUCCAAGAAGAAUGAUCUUUCAGUAUCCAAGAGGAAACAUAAGAAGCAAAAGGCACAACCCACAAGUAAAGAUGUACAGAAGGGGCAAAAGCUGGGCAAGCCCCAACUGAAGACUAAGUUUAACAAAUCAUCAAAUGUUAAACAAAGGAAAGGGAAAGGCAAGAGGACACUGAACAAGCACCAACAUUGGAAAGUUAAAGGCAGCUAUACUAGUCUCUUGAGAGAUGAGAGAAAAAAAGAUGAAAUUCUCAGAAAAAAAUUUGAAGUAAAUUCAAAGAAUAUCAAAUUAAUGAAGAGUGACUCCCCUAGUGACAGUAUAGUUUCAGAUUCUACACAGCUUGUCAGUCCAGCCAAUAUACAACAAGCCAUUAUUGGCAUUAGAAAGCUAGCGACUGUGGCAAAGAAGGGAAAGGAAAAGAAGAACUUAUUAGAUGACCCGUCUGAUGAAGUUGAAACCUUCAUCUUCUUGCAAGUCUCUUUGAGCAAAUUACCAGAGACAAUUCAAGACCAACACUUAGUUGGAUCGACAAAUAUUAAGGUGAAACUGCCGUAUAGUCUAACGAACGAUAAAACGGAAGUUUUGCUCAUAACACGGGACUUGGAAAGAGGUAUUCGGAUUGACCAUGAUAAUUCACUACACCAUUAUACAGAGUUACUGCAGAAGCACGGUGCUGCUAAACUUGUUAACGAGGUUAUUCCUCUCAGACAGUUGAAAGUGGAAUAUAAGGAGUUUGAAGCCAAGAGGCAUCUUGCCAAUCGUUUUGAUGUUGUCCUCUGUGAUGACACAGUCAUACGUUUCGUUCCUAAAUUCUUGGGAAAGCACUUUUUCAGUAAGAAAAAAAUCCCGAUUCAGGUGAACCUGAAGUCACAGUCUCUUCAUAAUGAGCUAACUCGUGCAUUGUCAGUGUCACAAAUUUCAUUUUCCAUGGGAGGAAACAGCGCCCUUAUGAAGAUUGGUCGUCUUAGUCAGACCGAUGAACAGAUUGCAGAAAAUAUAAAGGCAACUGCUGUGAAGUUGGCUCGCUUCAUUCCAGGGGGAUGGAAGAACAUCAUGAAUCUCAACCUAAAACUGGCAGAUUCCAUAUCAAUUCCUAUUUAUGUUAGAACUGGUUCACUGAAUGCAAUUGGUGUCAUCAAUCCCAAGCCUAUAUUCAUGAAGGAGCCUGUGUCAGGUGUAAUUACUACAGCAUCCAGAAAGGUGGUUACUGUUUAUCCUGAUGGCAGUAUUACAGCACUGAAUUUGAGGAAGAAUAUUCACAGACUUCCUGAAGAAGAAAGAAUGGAGCGUCUAAAGAAUAAGAAAACUUCAAAUGUUGCAAAUAAAGUCAAAGAAAAUAAUGAGAGGUCAGAACCAGAAAGCAAGAAAAUAACAAAUAAAAAGAGAAAGAAGACCAAGAAGCAGAAGAAAUCAGAUGGCACAAUGAAAGCUGAAAAAGUUAGUGCAACAGAAUUGGAAUGUGGAAAAGAAUCAACAAAACCACUGAAGAGGAAGAAAAUGACAGAGAAGGACAGGAAACUGGAGGAAUCGGAUGAAGAUGUAGAAGAAGGUACAACAGAAGCAAAACAGAAAAAAGUCAUGACAAAACUAGCCAAGAAGAAAAUGGCAAAGAAACUAAACCGGAGAGCAGACGUUAGCUCUGAUGAAGAUGAAGAUGACUUGGAGGCACAGGAGUUGGCUUACCUUAAGAAGCUAAGUAAGCAACAAGAGGGAGGGCCAGCAGGGAAACCAGCCGAGGACAAGGAAGAUGGCAGUGAUAUGGACGAUGAUUCUGAUGAGGCUGCUGUUUGGAAUGAGGACAGUGAUGAUGACUUUAUGGAUGAAAGUGAUUAGUAAUUUUAGUAAUAAAGUACUUUAAUUAUAUACAUGUUUUGUGAAUUAUUUUCAUACUUAUAAAUCUGUGUAUAUAUAUAAAUUUAUUUAAAACUUGAAACCUCAUAAUGGUAUGUACAGUUUCACUUAAAGGAAGUAAGAUUCUAAAAUGUAACACGUGGUAUACCUACUUUGAUAUAUAUAUAUUAGUGCCUCCCUACAGGCAGAGCUAUAUAUUAUAUUAUAUAUUAUAUAAUAUAUGCAGAGCAUAUAUAUAUAUAUAUAUUAGUGCCUCCCUACAGGCAGAGCUAUUGUAUUGUUAAAAUACAAUAGCUCUAUUUUUUUAUUAUAAGCUCAUAUUUAUAAAAAAAAAUUAAGAUAGCUAUGUACUGGUCUAGCUCAUCCACUUGACUGGAUGGUAGAGCGACUGUCACUCAUGUUGCAGGUUGGUGUUCAAUCCCCGACCAUCCAAGUGGUUGGACGCCAUUCCUUCCUGCCAUAAAUCCCGAUCUUCAUAUCUGCUCUGUAGUCAUAAUGGCUUAGUGCUUUCUCUUGAUCUAUAACUACAUCUAUACAUCACUUUGUAUAGAUGUAUCUUGUUAAUGCUCAAUCAUCAGAUUUCUAUCAUGACGGAUGUUAUUUGCCAAAUAAAAUGUUGUUUGACA